AUGGCGUCGUCGACAGAUGUCAAGUUCACGUGCUAUGUUGGCAACCUUGAGUCGGACACAGAUGAAAAAGAUCUUGAGAAUGCAUUUUCUCAGUUUGGCGACGUCAUAUAUUCUAGAGUCAUUUACGAAAGAGAUGAUGAGGAUUAUGAUUAUGACUAUGAUUAUGAUUCUGACUACGAAUGUGCGUUUUCGGUCUCCAUGACAAUAAGAAAGGUAUAUGGAUUUGUUAGUUUCAAAGAUGAGAAAUCCAUGAAAGAUGCCAUCAGGGGAAUGAACGGUAAGAAGCUCGGUUCAAAGACCAUUAAUGUGCAAGAGUCUCACUCAUCUCGGAGGAGUCGUCUUCCUGCUGGACGUGCUGGUUCAAAAAGGGUUUAG